AUGCGUGGGUCUCGUGCACGUACAAAUUUUGUCUACUCCGAUAUGUCACGUGGUUCUUCUGUUACAGACAUUAUAUCUCCCGAUGAAAGCCAACAAUUUCAUGACCUCUCUUCUUUUUUCACUAAUAGCAGUUUUGUGUAUCAACCUCAACAAAUUGCUAACAACAAUACCACUGCUCAACAAAUUCAUUUCAGCACUCCAGAUUCCACCAAUGCCGGUGGAUUUUCGGUGAAAGAUGUCCAAAAUUCAUCGUGGAUGAAUCAAACCGAAAUCCCUCAACCGCAACAACAACGAGAAUGUACUUCUGUUAAUUUGGUUGAUAGUUCUUACGGUUAUGUGUCAAGUAAUUAUGAACUCCCUCCAUUUCCUUCUGAGGUGUCUGAUUUUUCGGGGUGUUUGGGGUACUUCAAUAUGCCAGUUUCAUCCGGUUUUAACAGUAAUAAUAGUAUGAACCGAGGAGAUUGGUCCGAUUUAACUACUGUAGUUGGAUCUUCAAGUGGCGGGGGUAUGAAUCCAUGGGGAAUGGAUCGUAUUUUGGUUACAAUUCCACAGAUUUCUUUUCGUACAAUUUGA